AAAACAUCUGGAACAAAACAAGCACGAUGGCGGAAAAUGGAGUUAUUCGAAUUUAUCUACCGAUGAAUCAGCAGACGCAGGCGUUAUUGGAUGCCCUUGGACAGCUCGUCCAGGGUCAACGUGCGCUGCACGCCGAUGCGGCCGCCGCCGCUUCACCGCUACCGCAGCCACAACCUGCCGUUGCACCGCCUUUUAGGCACUACGACCCGAACCACGAGUCCUGGCAAGAGUGGUCCCGCCAGUUUGCCUUCCACCUCGCUGCCUACAGAAUUCAAGGUAAUGAGCGGCAGCCGUUUUUGCUUUCUUGUGUCGGUGUGUCCACCUACCAUGUGAUAGUGAAAUUGUUUCCCCGACGAGACGUACAAACAACUGGGCAACCCUCCGUUGCGUUCCGCAAAUGGUAAGCUAACCACAUAUUCAGGACAGACAAUACCUGUGUUAGGACAGUGCAGCCUUCUUGCAACGUACAAGGGACAAACAAAACUUGUGUCAUUUUACGUUCUUCGUUCUUCUUCUGCAGUGAACUUGUUUGGCUUAGAUUUAUUUCAGUUGUUUAACAUGUCUAUUGUAAAUCAGGUCCUCUCAGUGAAUCAGACUGUGCCUUCAGACAGUGUUUCUCGCUUAUGUGACGAAUUUGCAGAUAUUUUUGCACCGGGCUUAGGUUGCGCUAAAAACUAUGAAGCACAUUUGGAACUGAAAGUAAACGCGCAACCGAAAUUUUUCAGAGCGCACAAUGUUCCCCACGCCUUGCGUGAUGAGGUCGCAAGAACAUUAAACGAUCUCGAAUCACAGGGUGUAAUUGAACGUGUGCAAGCUUCUCUCUGGGCCUCACCCUUAGUAAUUUUGCCAAAACCUUCUGGAAAAUUGAGACUUUGCGUGGACUUCAAGGCCACAGUGAAUCCCCAACUAGUGACUGCUACUUUUCCUUUGCCCCGCCCGGAAGACCUUUUUGCUAAACUGUGCCCGGGAAAAUAUUUUUCGAAGUUGGAUCUCGCCGAUGCGUACUUGCAAAUACCUGUGGACGCCGAAUCCCAGCGCGUAUUGGUAGUUAACACGCAUCUUGGAUUGUACAGGUUCAAAAGAGUGCCAUUCGGGUGUGCAUCCGCCCCUGCAUUGUUUCAGCAAUAUUUACAAACUAUUUGUGCGUCGGUCCCUACUGCAGCAAACUAUCUGGACGAUAUAGUGAUCUCCGGACAGACAGAAGAAGAUCAUCUUGCGAACUUACGAACAUUAUUUCAGGUCUUGCGACAAAAUGGUCUUCGCUUGAGGAAGGACAAAUGUGUGUUUUUUGCUCGUGACUUACCAUACCUGGGCCAUGUCAUCAAUGCCCAAGGCAUACAUCCGAGUCCAGAGCACCUCCGUGCCAUACAAGAUUUACCUUCCCCUUGCAAUGUGAAACAGCUACAGAGUGUGUUGGGUAAAAUUAACUAUUACAAUAAAUAUGUGCGCAAUGCCUCUUCCAUUUCAGCUCUGCUUCAUCGCUUACGCCGUAAAGGUGUUCCGUUCGUGUGGACGACGGAAUGCGAACGCGCCUUUCGCCAGUUGAAAUCGGCGUUGCUUUCUAAUACUUGUCUCACGCCUUUCGAUCCCCAGAAACCCCUUUUGUUGAUGGUAGAUGCAUCGGAUUUCGGGAUCGGUGCAGUGCUUGCGCACAAAGUUGGCUCCCAUGAUCGCCCUAUUGCCUUUGCGUCCAAAUUUCUCUCGUCUGCGCAAAGAAAUUACUCGCAGAUAGAGAAAGAAGCUUUGGCUCUCGUGUUUGGUGUUACUAAGUUCCAUGAUUUCUUGUAUGGUCGUCACUUCACCAUCAUCACAGACCACAAACCUUUAACAUCGCUUUUUCAUCCGACCAAGCCUGUACCUCCACGUACAGCGCAGAAAUUCAUUCGCUGGUCUAUUUUCCUCUCGCAGUACCGCUACGAUAUCUUGUAUCGGUCCACUGCUAAGCACGGAAACGCCGAUGCGUUGUCCCGUUUGCCUGUUGCUGAGGAUAAAGCAUUCGAUUCUUCCGAACUUGCUUGCAUGUUCAUUGAUUCGGAAACCGAUGAAGUGGUCGAAUCGUUUCCGAUUGAUUUUCGUCGUGUAGCUACAGCCACAGCUGCUGACCCUGUCCUUGCUACUGUUUUGCGUUUUGUUGCUACGCAAUGGCCUUUGUCAAAGUCUCGGAUCGAGGAUCCGUUGGUUCGCCGAUUUUUUGCUCACAAGGAGAGACUUUUUGUUCGACGUGGUGUUUUGUUGUUGCGUUCUGAUAAUGAUCAGUCCAGGGUCGUGGUCCCAGGUUCGUUACAGUCCUCUGUUUUACGGCUUCUUCACCAAGGACAUUGGGGUAUAGUGCGAACGAAACAACUUGCUCGUCAGCACUGUACUUGGUUCGGAAUCAAUGCUGCGAUUACGAAUAUGUGUUCUUCUUGCAUGGCGUGUGCCGAACAACAAUCCGCACCGCCGCGGAAAGUCUUUGUAUGGCCAAAAGCCACUUCCCCUUGGCAACGCUUGCACAUUGAUUUUGCUGGUCCAUUCUGGAAUGCUCGAUGGUUGGUUCUGGUCGAUGCCUUCAGUAACUUUCCUUUUGUUGUCCGGAUGUCUUCCACGACGUCCUCCGCCACCAUCCAAGCGUUGUCUGCUAUCUUUUGCAUAGAAGGUCUUCCGCAGACUAUUGUUUCCGACAAUGGCCCACAAUUCAUGUCCGCAGAAUUUCAGUCAUUCUGCCAGGCCAAUGGUAUUCAACAUCUGACAUCCGCGCCGUUUUCGCCUCAGUCCAACGGUGCCGCUGAACGAUUGGUCCGGACUUUCAAGUCACAGAUGUUGAAAUUGAAAGAGUCGCAUUCUCGGGAGGACGCACUGUUGCUCUUUUUGUCUUCGUAUCACUCUCAGCCCCGAGAUGGUCGCUCGCCGGCUGAGUUGCUCCACGGUCGUCCUCAUCGCACCUUGAUGUCCUUGCUGCAUCCGCCGCAUCAGGUUCCUGUGCAGCGGCAGACUCCUGCUUUUGCUCCAGGCGACGUUGUAUUUUAUCGCAACUAUCGCGGUUCACGGCGUUGGCUCGCAGGGCGCAUUCUUCGCUGCCUCGGCCGCGCGAUGUAUUUGGUUUUGGGGGCCUCUGGUGAGGUGCGUCGGCAUCUCAAUCAGCUGCGCCUCUGUCGUCGCACGGGUUCUGCCGCUCCCCGUCUGCUUUCAGCAACGGUGCCGUCCGGUCAGCGCCCUGGGGACCCAUCUACUGGCUCGCCUCAUCCCCAGGUGUUACCGACGAUGCCUUCCCAUUUGCCCCAUGGCGGCGCUACAUGUGUUUUAUCCAACACUAGUGAGUGCUAA